AUGGCGCCUGCAAGUGCCCAGAUUCCGAACAUCUCCCCUAUUGAACGAGGCUUUACCAAUCCCACUCCCAAGACCGAAUCUGCGCGUUCCGCUCUGAGCUCCUUCACCUGCACGCUCUGCAACAAGUCUUACUCUCGCCAUCCAGAGUACGAGGCCCAUAUUUCUUCAUAUGACCAUCAACACCGCAAGCGUCUCCAAGACCUCAAGCAGUUAUCCCGGGACCCCAAUGCCGCCGAGAAGGCCAGAAGAGCCGAACGGAAGGCCGACGCCGAGGCCGGGUUAAGGGUCAUCGACACACCCAAAGCUGCAUCAGUAUCUACUACGGGAACGGCAUCUGGAGCAGGUGGAAGUACAGGGGGCGGGGGAGGGUUUAAAAAGGGAGGGUUCAAAAGUUCCUUCACCACUGUGAAAGGACCUGUGGCUCCUGCAGCUCCCACGAAGAAAAACGUCCUAGGCGGUGACGAUGAUGACAACGAAAUUCCAGAAGCAGAUGAUGCGAGUCUGCGGCGCGCUCGGAGCCAAUCGACGAAACGCGAAAAUAUGCAGGUUGAUCAGGCGGAGAGCGAUACUGAUGAAGAGUACGACCGGGAUGGGGGUGUGAAUGGGGCGUAUUACAAUCCUCGAAAUCCUACCGGUUGUUCCCCUGCGUGUGCUGGUGCUAGGAACGUUCCUCUAGAGACUUCUUUUGUCUGAAACGAGCAUCAUGCGGAGCACAGUGCGGAUGUGGCGAUCACACCGACUAUGUACUGUGACGUCAAAUGGCCGAUCACUAUCCAAGUUUCCUUUCCUAAUGACUUGAUGAGUCCAAUACGUAUGUGAAUGAUGCUAUCCAGAAACGAGACAUUGCAAGCAUGGAGGUGGUUUCUCAACCGUCUCUCUCCUUAGCGGAGGGUCGAUGUUCUGGUAAUAGCAACGGCAGCGGAG